AUGGUGAAGCGAUAUGCAAAGCGUUUUUUCCACUCUUUGUGGCAGCCGCCGGCUGAAAAGCCGCCAAGUUUCUGGGCAAUCUGUAAACAGUUGAAUAGAACCCAAUGGAUCACCUUUACUGCUGCUUUUCUUGGUUGGACUGUGGACGCGUUUGAUUACUUUUGUGUAUCGCUGGCCGUUCCUGAAAUUGCUGCAGACUUUGAUGUUAUGCCCAGUGAAGUUACCUCUGCUAUUACUACAACAUUGAUGCUCAGACCAGUUGGUGCACUGAUCUUUGGUCUACUAGCAGAUAAGUAUGGUCGUCGAUGGCCACUUAUGAUCGACAUUUUGCUUUUCUCUAUUAUCAACAUGGCCAGUGGCUUCGCGCCCAAUCUCGAAGUUUUCAUCGCACUUAGAGCUUUAUUUGGAAUUGCGAUGGGAGGAGAAUGGGGCUUGGGUGCAAGCUUGGCACUGGAAACUCUUCCAAUAGAAGCAAGAGGUCUAUUUUCCGGUAUAUACCAACAAGGUUACGCGACCGGAUAUCUUUUGGCGGCCUUGGUAAACUUUGCAGUAACAGGCACCGGAUCAAGCUGGCGUAUCCUGUUUUGGACUGGUGCCGUGUUUGCUCUUUUAGCCGUUUUCAUCAGAAUUUUUGUUCCAGAAUCACAAUCAUUUGAAAAGACCCAAGAAGCACGCGAGUUAAGCGGACGAUCUUAUGUGAAGGAAUUGAUGCAUAUGCUCAAGAACCAUUAUCGACGCUCUAUAUAUAUGAUAAUCCUUAUGGCAUUCUUCAACUUUUAUGCCCAUGGCAGUCAGGACUUGUAUCCUACUUUCCUUAGGGUUCAGCUUGGUUACACUCCAACGGAACAAACAGCGACUACUGUCAUACAUAACAUUGGUGCUAUCAUUGGCGGUACAUUGGUCGGUUUAUACUCGAAUUAUCUCGGCCGCCGUAUCUCUAUAGUAUUUUCUGCCAUCAUGGUUGGCGCUUUCAUUCCUUUAUGGAUCUACGGCCCUAAUCUGCACAGUCUCCGCUUUGGUGCCUUUGCCCUCCAAUUCUUUGUACAGGGCGCCUGGGGUAUUGUUCCGGCUCACUUGAACGAAUUGGCUCCUGCAAAUUUUCGUGGUUUGAUGCCUGGCUUAUCUUAUCAACUUGGUAACUUGAUCAGCGCAGCCAGCAGUCAGAUCCAAGCUACACUGGGUGAAAGAUAUCCAUUGCGAAACGAUGACGGUAGUCUGCAAAUGAGAGAAGGAAAUCCAAUCCCUGAUUAUGGCUACACUCAAGCCAUAUUUAUGGGCGUUGUCGUCGCAUGCCUGAUCAUUACCACUUUGGUCGGCAAGGAAGAGAGGAACAAGGACUUCAUGCAAAACAUUUAUGAAGACGAACACGGUCGGGUGAUCGGACAAGAUGAUAUAGAUGCUCAAAAAAUAGAGCAAGGUCAGCAGUCCGAACCUCCUGCUGCAAUUGUUACUGCAGAAGAAGAAGCCGAUUCCGUGGUCCAUGCAUCAAAUACGGAAAAAAAGUCGUAGAAACUGGGACAUUUAAAAAAAAUAAUAGCUGUUAUAUUGAGUAGUAGUAUGCUGUAGAUACUAUAGUCUUUAAAGUAAAGCGCAUGGUAGCAGCUUGAAUGUAUU